AUGCGACUUUCCAUGGAAAAGAAGUUUGGCGAAAUGCUGGUCAAAAUGGCCGAUUCACAACAACACCGUCUUCUGGAUGCCGCACAUAUUAUCAUCGAGAUUACCAGGUUCUUGCAUGCACACAAGCCUGUCAAGAAAGGAGCAGAAGACACUUUUAUACAUUAUUCAUUGGCUCCUUUCAUCAACAACAUUUUUCAUGGAGAUCAUAUUGAUUCGUACCGGGCCAAUUCGUCACUAGCAAGCAAUUCCAAAAUUCGUCCCGAUUUCACAUUGCACGCAACGCUCCUUGGCCAUCGUUAUGAUAUGUUCAUGGUCGAGGUCAAGCCACUCCAAUCACCACUGACAGAGUCUGAUUUUAUCAAUCUGGCCAAAGAUCUUAUGUGCAUGCUGAACAAGUUGGUGGGUCUUCAAGUACCCGGCCCUGCCGUACAUGGGAUGUGGGUAGAUGGUAUGCAAGUGCAGACUUUCAAGAUGGAUUUGGUGGCGAAUGGCAUGUAUCGGCUCGUCGAGAUGGAUAGCUUUGAGCUCGUUCGAUCGUUCGAUGAUCUAUCAAGAAUGAGAGCCAUCUUGCAAAAACUAGGGAAUCACUAG